UGUUUUUUUUUUUUUAUUUGUGUCGUAUUAUUAAACAUUUAUUUUUAAUUUUUUAACAAAUGGUUUUUUAAAGAUUAUGAAAAAAAAAAAAACAAAAUAUAUUUUUAUUAUUAUUGAUAAACUAUAGGUAUAUAUUAUUAUUAUUAUUUAUUAUUAUUAUUUUUUUAUACAUUGUAAGCUGUAUAACACCAUUUGUACAUAAAUUUAUUUGUGUUUUAGUAUGUAUAUAUAUAUAUUGUACUGUAAUGAGUUUAUCCGCAUUUGGAGUCGACAAAAUCCACACGCGAUUGUCACAUACCACUCACUGCUAAACCAUUGCACACUAUUUUUAUAAUCAACUUUCAAGACCCUAUUCAUAAGUCUCUUAUUUAUCUAUUUUUUCAUUUUAUUAUUUUGACGAUAUUAUUAUCAUUAUUUGUCUUUCUCUAUCUUUCUUUUACUCUAUUUAGACAAAAAAAAAAAAAAAAAAACUUAUUAUGUUUUCCUAAUAUACAAAAUCAGUGUGAGUCAUUGGAAGAGGGUUGAUUUUAAUAUCCGAUAGCUCUAAAUUUUUAAUUAAAAAAAAAAAGAAAAAAAAAUUGAAAUAUGACAUGAAUUUUAUUAAUAGAGUUACGUAAUGUUUAUGUGGCUUCAUAAAUGAAUUUAUAUUAUUUAAAAAAAAAAACAACAUUUGUAUAUUUUUUAAAUAAUAUAUUUUUUCUAUUGAUUAAUUUUAUGGUUUUUUUUUUUUUGUUUUUUGUUAAAUUACAGUGAUUGUUUAGUUAUGUGGCUGUGUAUGAGUGAGGGUGUUAUUAUCAACCGGUACAAUAAUGACAGAAAUAUCACCAAGGGAUUGUGGUGAAGGUCCACCAAUUAAGUUACCACAAAUAAUGGAUAAUACUGAUGUUAAUACAUUUAAAACACCCACGGACAUUGUGUCCACGGGUGUUAGUGGUAGAUUACGUCAACUUGAAAAUUUAUUUACAACUCGUCCAAUUGAAGUUGGUCGUAUGGGUCAUACAUUUUCAAUUGAAACAUUGAUUGAUGUAUUAUUAAUACUUUAUGAUGAAUGUUGUAAUUCAUCAUUGAGACGUGAAAAAACAGUAUCUGAUUUUAUUGAAUUUGUUAAACCAGUUGCAACAUGUAUUAAAAAUUUACAAUUAUCACGUGAUGAUUUUGAUAUUGUUAAAGUUAUUGGACGUGGUGCAUUUGGUGAAGUAUGUGUUGUUAAAAUGCGUGAAUCAGAUAAAGUAUUUGCAAUGAAAAUAUUAAAUAAAUGGGAAAUGCUUAAACGUGCUGAGACAGCAUGUUUUAGAGAAGAACGUGAUGUAUUAGUUUAUGGUGAUAGAAGAUGGAUUACAAAUCUUCAUUAUGCAUUUCAAGAUGAUAAUAAUCUUUAUUUAGUUAUGGAUUAUUAUUGUGGUGGUGAUUUAUUAACAUUACUUAGUAAAUUUGAAGAUAGAUUACCUGAGGAUAUGGCACGUUUUUAUAUUGCUGAAAUGAUACUUGCUGUUGCAUCAAUACAUAAUUUACGUUAUGUACAUCGUGAUAUUAAACCAGAUAAUGUAUUACUUGAUGCAAAUGGUCAUAUACGUUUAGCUGAUUUUGGAUCAUGUUUAAGAUUAUUUGAAGAUGGUACUGUACAAAGUAAUGUUGCUGUUGGUACACCAGACUAUAUAUCACCAGAAAUAUUGAGGGCAAUGGAAGAUGGACAAGGUAGAUAUGGACCAGAAUGUGAUUGGUGGUCACUUGGUGUAUGUAUGUAUGAAAUGCUUUAUGGUGAAACACCAUUUUAUGCUGAAUCUUUAGUUGAAACAUAUGGAAGAAUAAUGAAUCAUAAAAAUUCAUUUGAUUUUCCAAUUGAUGAUGGUUUUGAUGUUACUGAUUCAGCAAAAGAUUUAAUGAAAAAAUUAAUAUGUAGCUCAGAAUUUCGUCUUGGACAAAAUGGUAUUGAUGAUUUUAAAAAACAUCCAUGGUUUGAUAAUUUUAAUUGGGAUACAUUGAGAGAUAGUACAGCACCAUAUAUACCAGAAGUAUCAUCACCAACAGAUACAUCAAAUUUUGACGUUGAUGAUACAGAUGUACGUAGCUCAGAUGCAGUACCACCAUCAGCAAAUUCAGCAUUUUCAGCAUUACAUUUGCCAUUUAUUGGUUUUAGUUUUACACAAGGUAGUUGUAUAUCUGAUUUAGGUACAUUAACAGUAUCAACAUCAUCAACAACAACCACAACAACAACAAAUAAUAUAACAUGUGAAAUGGUAUUACCAUUGUCAACUAAAAAAAUGCUUGAAGAUGAAAAUAAAAAAUUACUUGAUACAAUUGAUGAUUUAAAAAAUCAAAUUGGUCAAGGUAUAUCAUCAAUAGCAACAACAACAACAGCAGCAAUAACAGCAACAGCAGCAACAACAACAACAACAUCAUCACCAGAUACAAAUAAUGCAACACGUAAAUUACAAGAUGAAAUAAAUACAUUAACUAAAAAAAAUUGUGAGCUAGAAUUACAAUUAAAAACAAUGGAAUUACCACAACGUGAAAAUCGUAAUAUUAUUGAUAAUAAUAAUAGUGAUAUAACAAAAUUAGCUGAAUUAGAAAAAUUAAUAAGAUUAUUAAAAAAUGAAAAAGAAGAAAUAAUAAAAGAAAAACAAGAUUUACAAGAAAAAUAUAAACUACAAGAUAAAGAACUCAAAGAUGCAUUAACACAAAGAAAAUUAGCAAUGGCUGAAUAUACUGAAGUUACUGAUAAAUUAUCUGAAUUACGUCAACAAAAACAAAAAUUUUCACGUCAAGUACGUGAUAAAGAAGAAGAACUUGAAGUUGUCAUGCAAAAAGUUGAUAGUUUACGUCAUGAUAUACGUAAAGCUGAAAAAUUACGUAGAGAAUUAGAAAAUAGAGUUGAAGAAGCUAUGGCUGAAACAAGUAAAGAACGUAAAUUACGUGAAAGAAGUGAAGAAUAUUGUAAACAAAUGCAAGAAGAAACUGAAAAAAUACGUCAACGUUCAGCUGUUAAUGAUGCUAGUACAAAUAAUGUAUUAGCAACACAAGAAAUAAAUAGAUUAAAAUCAGAAGUUGAAAAAUUAGAAGUACAAUAUAAUGAAAAUUUAAAUCAACAACAAUCACGUCAUAAUAUUGAAAUACGUAGUUUACAAGAACAAUUAAAUGAUUCAGAAACAAGAAAAGAAUUAUUAGAACGUGAAAUACAAUUAACAAAAGAUAAACUUGAUGCUGCUAGAUUAGAAAAUAUAACAGAUAGUGAAGAAACAAUAAAUGAAUUAAAUAGACGUCAUGAACGUGAAAAAAUAAUGCUUGCUGAAGAAAAUAAAAAAUUAAUAAUUGAAUUAAAUUCAGUAACAGAUAGUGUUAAUAGAAUACAAAAUGAAAGACGUCAAAUUGAAGAUGAAUAUGAAGAACUUAGAAAUAAAAAAGAAGCUAUUGCACAAUGGGAAGCACAAAUAACUGAAAUAAUACAAUGGGUUUCUGAUGAAAAAGAUGCACGUGGUUAUUUACAAGCACUUGCAACUAAAAUGACUGAAGAACUUGAAUUUUUAAAACAUACUGGUGGUGUUGGUGGUGUUGGUUCAACAUCAACAAUUAAUGAUAAAAAUUGGCGUAAUCGUAGAUCACAAAAACUUGAUAAAAUGGAAUUAUUAAAUCUUCAAAGUUCAUUACAAAGUGAGAUACAAGCUAAACAAGCAAUAUCCGAAGAAUUAACUAAAACAAGAUCAGACCUUAUUGCUGCACAAAAAGAACUUCGAGAUCACAGACAACGUCUUGAUUCAAUGUCACAUGAAACUAAAAGAAAAGAAUUGCAAAUCAAGGAAUUACAAUCACGUAUUGAUUCAACAGAUGGUUUCUUGGAACGUCCAACAUCGCAAAUGUCAUAUCUUGAGAGAUUUUUAAAAGAAACAGCUGGUAGUACACGUCAUGGAAGUGUCGACAGUGUUGAGGGUGAUAUUGAAGAUAACAGAGCACCAAGUAUUGCAAGUAGCAAGAGUAAUUUAUCUGAAUUGAGUAUUGAUCCAACAUCUCCAUUGUCUCAUGAAUUAUUAAAUAAAACAUCAUCAUCACACAGUCAAUCAAUUUUACAACCAAAACCAAAAUCACAUCAAUUUUUAGUAAGAACAUUUUCAGCACCAACAAAAUGUAAUCAUUGUACAUCAUUAAUGGUUGGAUUAACAAGACAAGGUGUUGUUUGUGAAGUAUGUGGUUUUGCUUGUCAUAUGCCAUGUUGUGAUAAAGUACCAGCAAUGUGUCCAGUUCCCCAUGAUAAAACUAAACGACCUUUGGGCAUUGACCCAACCAGGGGCAUUGGCACUGCAUAUGAGGGUUACGUAAAAGUACCAAAAAUGGGAGGUGUUAAAAAAGGAUGGAUACGUCAAUUCGUUGUUGUUUGUGACUUUAAAUUAUUUUUAUAUGACAUUUCACCUGAUCGUAAUGCAUUACCAUCAGUAUAUGUAUCACAAGUAUUAGACAUGAGAGACGAAGAGUUUGGUGUUAGUUCAGUACGUGAGUCUGAUGUUAUUCAUGCAACUAAAAAAGACAUUCCAUGCAUAUUCAGGAUUACAACGUCUUUACUGGAACCACCUGGUUUAAGAAAUCAUACGUUAAUGUUGGCUGAUACAGAAAGUGAAAAAACUAAAUGGGUCGUUGCAUUGAGUGAAUUACAUAGAAUAUUAAAAAGAAAUAAUCUUCCAAAUACAACGCAGAUAUUUCGUGCAAAAGAAUUGCUUGAUAAUACACUGGCAAUUGUUAAAAACGUGAUGUCAGGUUCAGUUAUUGAUCCUGAUCGUCUAGUCAUUGGUACCGAAGAGGGACUAUACUGUUUAGAUUUAGAUCGUAGUGAAAUUGCUAAAGUUGGUGAAGGAAAAAAAAUAUAUUUACUUGAAUAUAUUAUUGAAGAACAAUUAAUUGUUGUAUUAAGUGGUAAACAACGUCAUGUUAGAUUAGUACCAGUACGUGCAUUGGAUGGUGAUGAAGUUGAAUGGAUUAAAGUUGCUGAGACUAAGGGUUGUAUUACAUUGACAACUGGUGUUGUUAGACGUAAUCCACUCACUUAUUGUUUAUGUGUUGCUAUUAAAAAACAGAAUGCUUCACAUGUGAUGAUUUACGAAAUAACACGUACAAAAACAAGACACAAAAGAAUUCAUGAAUUAAUGUUACCUUGUCAUGCACAAACACUUCAAAUAUUAUCAGAGGGUCGUCUUUGCGUUGGCUAUCCAUCUGGCUUUUCAAUUUACAGUAUUCUUGGUGAUCAUCAUCCAAUUUCAUUAGUACAUCCAGAAAAUACUCUACUUGGAUUUUUAACAUAUAGUGCUGUUGAUGCAUUACGUUGUAUUGAAUUACCUCGUGGUGAAUUUUUACUAGUAUUUCAAACAUUGGCAGUUUAUGUUGAUAGUCAAGGUAGAAAAAAUAGAGAUAGAGAAAUUAUGUAUCCUGCUGUUCCAACUGCAGUCAGCUAUUGUGAAGGAUAUUUACUUGUUUAUAGUGAAACACAUGUCGAUGCAUUUGACUGUCAAAGUGGUGAUUGGCUACAGACAUUAAAUGUCAAACGUGCAAGACCAUUAAAUAACUCUGGUUCUUUAACAAGUUGUAUGAUCAAUGAUAUGCCACAUGUUAUUUAUCUUAGUAUUUUACAUCAACGGGAAUUACUUAAUUUGACACCAUUAGAUGCAAGUGGUAGACAAAUGACAAGACCAAGAAGACGUUUUUCUCUCAGGGAAGGAAAUAGAAGUGCUCGUCCAACUGACAGACGUUCAAAAAUGAUUUCAGCACCAACUAAUUUUAAUCACAUAAGUCAUAUGGGUCCUGGAAAUGGUAUACAGAUUCAACGAUUGUUGGAUUUACCAACGACCCUUGAAACUGCUGAUCAACAGCAAUAUUCAAGUCAUCACAGUAGCUCCCAUUUGCAUGGAAAUCCACAACAACAGUCACAACAACAACAGCAACAACAACAGCAACAACAACAGCAACAACAGCAGCAGCAGCAGCAGCAACAACGACAGUAUUAUGGAACACCACUUCAACCACCAAAUAAACCAGCUCCAUUACCACCAAGACAUCCACCAUCUGAUACGAGACGUUUAAGUUCUCAUAUAACAAGAAACACUGGCUACUCACCACACAAUGGUUCAACAUCAUCAAGAAGGGGACCAGCACCACCACGACCAACGGCAACUCCACCAUCAUUACCACGCACUCCAGUUGAUCAGUCAGAAUCUGAAUCAUUGCAUAUGCGUUCACAUACUCCAAUUUCACUUGGAAGUAUUGCAUCUUUACAAGAAAAGGAUAAUGCAACUGGAGGAAGUCCUAGACAUUCAAUAGCAUCAAAUAACAGUUCAAAUCCAUCAACCCCACCAAGUCCUGCCCAUGAUCAUGGAUCAUCAUCAUACGACUCAUAAAAAAAACAUAAAAAUAAUUAGAAAAUCAUCAAACAAAUGACAAAGAAUAAAAAAAAAACGGCCGGGUACUUAUUUAAUACACGAGACUUUAUUCAGGUAUGAUGAUAAAUGCGAAUGAAUAUUUUUUUUUUUUUAAAUUAAAUCAUUUUUAUAUUCCUCUUGGAUAUAAUGAUAAUAAUAGUAAUAGUAAUAAUAAUAAUGAUAAUAAUAUUAAUAAUAAUAUUAAUGGCUUUGAAAGCACCAAGUGGAUGAAAAAAAUAAUAAUAAAAAUAAUUUAAAGUACAGUUGUAUUUUUAUGGUUGUUAAUUUUGCCAUAAGUACAAAUGUACUUUAUUUAUUUAUUUAUUUAUUUAAAAUGAAUAAUAAAAAAAGAUUAUGAUAAAAAUCCGUUCAAUUGCCAAAUAACAUAUGCUAGAAUUUUACUAAAGGUAUGAGAUUUUUUUUUUUUUUUUAAUUAAUAACAAAUGUAUCUUUCUUUAAAUUUUAAAUCGUGUUUAUUUGUUUGUUUAAUUUGUUUUUUUUUUCUUUUUUUGUUGCAACUAUAUUGAUUGACUUUAUUAUAGUCGUGUUAAUUUAUUUCAAUUACGAAUCAAAGAUAGAAAGCAUUUUUAUUUUUAUUAAUAAAUUAUUAUUAAUAUUAUUAAUCAUCAAAAAAAUAUUGUGGAAUUAGUAAACGGUGGAUACUAUAUUUUAAUUUUAUUUAUUUAAUUUUUUUUUUUUAUUAGUUAAUCAAAUGAAAAAGUAUGACAUAUUAUUAAUUAUAAAAUUGUAUAUAAGAUUUUUUUUUUUUUUUGAAUUUACAUUCACGUAUAAUGUCUUGAUUAAUUUUGACAUAUUUACAUGUGUAUAUUGUGUUGUUUUUUGAAGUGAAAAUUAUGAUAAUGAAAAAUAUUUGUUUUAAUAGUGUCAUUGAUAUUCUUGUAAUAAGAAAUCUGACAAAAACAGUCAAAUUAUUUAGCAAUAAAUAUAAUUGUUAUAUAUUAUUAUAUAAUAUUAUAAUGGAUAUAUUUAUAAUCAAUUAGUCGAUUUAAUCAACUUCUAAAAUAUAAAAAUAACGAGCAGCAUAAAUAAAAAAGAAUUUAUAUUUAAAUAUAAAAAUUCAUAAUUAAUUAUUUAACUAUUAUAAAUAAAUAUAUUUCAAGGCAACUAUAUAGAAAUUAAUAAAUUAUACUAAAUGCCUUAUGAUUAAAUGAUUUAUAAAUUGACAAUUUUUUUUAUUAUACAAAAUAUGACAAAUUCAUAAAAUUCUUUGGCAUAAUAUUUAUAAUUAAACACCGAAAGUGUCAAUAUCAAAUUAAGCAUAUUAAUUUUGUUGCAAUCUCUUAUACAUAAAUUAAAUUAAUCAAGAAAAAGUCACUUGAUUAUAGCAUCGUCAAUAAUUUAUUUAAAAAAAAAAACAAAAAAAAAAAAAAUGUAAUAUUUUUAACGUAUUAUUAAAUAAAGAUAAUAAUCUUUUUUUAAAAAUUUUUAAUACAAAUGACUUGAUAAUAAUAAAUAAAUUUAAAAAAUAAUAAUUUCUAUUGAAAUGAAUCAAUUUUUUUGAAUUUGAAUAAAUAAUUAUUAUACUUUUCAUUAUUGUCAAAAAAAAAAAUAAAUUAAUUGUUUAUCAUUUUUCGUCAUAUUUAUUGUGAAAUUUUUUUAAAAAAUAAUAAUGAUGUGUGAAUUUUUUAUACUGACUAAAACUAAAUUAUAAAGGCUGUUUUUUGUAUAAUCAUGACAACUGAAAAAUUAAUAUUUUUAAUUUUAAUUAAAAAAUUAUUAUAAUAAAAAUAUAAAAUCCCAUGAAAAUGGAAAUGAAAAUCUUAGCUUCCAAUAGAAUGGUCUUUCCAUUAAAAAUAUAAAAAUUCAAUUGAAAUAUGUGAGAUGAAAAUUCAAUAAACUUAUAAAAAAAAAAAAAAAAAAAA